GUCGCGUCUACGUCUGACAACAUGGCGAAAAUCGGCGCAUUCUUAAAGAAUGCCUGGAACAAGGAGCCUGUCAUCCUCGUCUCCUGCACUAUCGGCGCUCUAGGCAUGGUCCUGCCGUUCAUCAGUCCAUUUACAAAGUAUUCCGCAAUGUUAAAUGAAGCAGUGCCGUACCAAUAUCCAGUUCCUGUGCGAGAUGAUGGCAACAUGCCUGACGUUGCUUCACACCCCUGUGAUCCCAUCGGCAACAAGUUGGAAUGGUUGAAAAACUUCUGAAUUCACUUUGCUGUCGGUCCUUGUCAUGUCUCUCUUCACAUGUGAUCCCCUUGCUAAUGUUCUUCAAUAAAUCUAGUUUAUUUA